AUGUCGCGACGUGACGAUAGAGACAGAGCUUCCCGCUCGCAACCGCAACCAACACACCCAUCUGCUGGAAGAACAGGCCAGUUUGUUAUCGACGCUGAAGGUAUCGACAGAGAAGUUAUCACGGCUGACAUCUGCCGGUAUCUUGGUAACGAUGCUCUCGUCAAACCGGGCGACGUGGAAGCCAUGAUAUUUGAUUUGAAACAGGCAUCUGCAGAUUGGCGAGCUGAGCGACUUGCUAGAUCUUCUGCACAGUACCCUACAAAUGGUAUCUCUUUAAGGGAUUCGAACGAGAUGGUUCGAAAGUCUAACACCCCUAUAGUAGUGGACUACAGAAGUUCAAAUGCACUAGAUCAAUCCAUUGCUCGAAUGGAUGCAACACAGCAGCCUCGACCUGCUGCACAACAAGGGAUGUACAAUUCACCAUCGGCUGCUGUGCCCAGUUCCCAAUCAUAUCAACCAAGUGGCCAGGGUUACUCGGCGGGCUACAGUCAGCCUACAAGUUACCAGAAUGAUGGCUAUACCCAGCCACCAUCACAACAGUAUGCUCCAUCUCCCCAAGGAUAUCCCACUCAGGACACCAGGAGUUAUGUUCACGGAUCCAAUUAUGCUGUUGAACCUGCUGGCCGUGGCGGAUCUGUUCCUCAGUCCGUUCCUAGGACUCAGGCAGUUCAAUACCCAUCCAGUACAUCGUACCAAGCACCUGCACCGCAGUACUAUUCCCAGUCUGGACCAACUGCAUCAACUUCAGCAUAUGCGUCACAUGCACCAACAGAUCCUUAUUAUAGUAGUCGUGCUGCUCCAUCAGGCAAUUAUGAAUCCACCCCGGAGGUUUACGACACCAGAGCAUACCCGGAAACUCCAGAUUACCAGAUGCAAGAUGCCGGAUAUACCGAACCAGGCUCAUACCAGGAAACAGUAUCAUACUCUCAGCCAAUGCCUUCUGGACGAAGUGGCACCGCCACUUCAUCGGCACCUCAAAGGACGCGUGACCGGGACAGUAGGGAUGACCGUGACAGACAUCACCAACGCCGCAGGAAUUAA